AUGGGUACAGAGGGCACAGGUCAAAAACUCAACCCAAAUAUCGUCCUCAGAAGUUCUAGAAACGAGCGGUACGCCGGCAAACAACCGGCAAGAAAUCUGAAUCCACUACAAAAGGGGAUACAGGAAUAUGUGACCACACAUAUACCUUCGUCUCGUCUUUCAGACCAUGGCCUAUCCCCAGACACUCUGCUAUCCUCGCUGCCCAAACGAUAUACCAUCUAUGAGCCCAUGUUGCUCCUGCCCGUCAACGCACUCAGCUCCCCUCCAGCCUGGAGUGCGCUCUACCAAUCCUUCAGUGACGAGGAAAAGCAGUCUCUCUUUGCAUUGAUAGCUCAGGCGUUCAGCCACAUGGGCGUUUCUCAUGUUGCUAUCAAUGCGCCCAUCGCACUGACAGAUAUUCAGGGUCAAGAGAACAGAAUGAGGAGUCCUGCGGGAUUGGUCCCGCUGUAUGGGGAUUUUGGACCCCUACCCUCUGAGGAUGAAGAUGAGAACGGACAGCCAACGGAGGCUGAUCUACAGUUGGCUUUUUGGGUUCGCACGGUGCAGAAUCAUGGGAUUGUCCAGAUAUGGUCCCCGCUCUACACAAUGUUUUCUCGCGGGAAUAUCACGGAAAAGGCGCGUAUCUUGGGCUACGGGACUGUGUUUGAGGGACUUGAUGCGGAUUUCCUUAAAGGCGAUACAGUUGGAGAUAUUGAUGUGAUCGACAUGUAUGCCGGCAUCGGAUACUUUGUCUUUUCGUAUCUGAAACGGGGUGUCAACCGGGUAUGGGGAUGGGAGAUCAAUGGCUGGUCGGUGGAAGGUCUGCGAAGGGGCUGUAUAGAAAACGGAUGGGGAUGUAAGGUCGUGCGAGUCCGAGAGGAUGGAUCUUUGAGCGAAACAAUUCCCAGUUUGGUGGAGGGUCUCCAAGACUCAGACAAGGUAGUCAUUUUCCAUGGGGACAACAGAUUCGCAGCAGACAUCUUACUGGGUAUCGCAGAGCACUUGAAAGCUCGGCGGUCGUUGAACAGCAUUCGACAUGUCAAUCUAGGCCUCCUCCCGUCGUCGUCGGCAGCAUGGAGCAAUGCUUGCAAGAUGAUUGACGUUCAAAAAGGCGGCUGGAUCCAUGUCCAUGAAAACGUGGAUGUGCAGAAAAUUGAGGAGAAAAAAGAAGAAAUUGCCUGUGAAAUGGGGCGAUUGCGAGCUCAAGUGCUUGAUAUCCGGAGCGUUGCAGUGAAGUGUCGACAUGUUGAACAUGUCAAGACGUAUGCACCAGGGGUUAUGCAUUGUGUCUUUGACGUAUACUUACCAUCCUGUAUGGAGGCCAACUUGGGGAAACCAGUAUGA